CCCUGCACUGUCGCCAGGGAAACCCCGUGGCGUGGUUGUGUGUCAGUUUCGCUGGGACCCGCGGUCGAUGCCGGUGAGGAGGGGGAUGGGCGCCUCGGCGAAUGCAAGGACCCGAGACAGAAUCAGAGCCCUGUAUCACAUACAGCAGCAUAUACCCCAUUAUAAAUAGCGAUAGUAUAUACAAUACACAAAAAUACAUGGAUCUAUCCACCGGGGAUCUAUAAAAGACAGUCAAUGGAUGCAGUGCACCUGAACAGGACAUGGAAUUUAACUUUUCCUCUACGUUUGGGAGACACUGAGAAGUUGGUUUCCUACCCCUGGAGAGGGAGCUACUUUUGAGGGCAAAGGAUACAGGAAACUCCGAGGCCGACCUACGGGCCUACUGGUCUGUUUGGAUCUGAUGUUGGGAUACUCUAAGGACCCACUGUACAUGCGUUUGCCUUGCUUGUUCAAAUUUGGAAUGCCUCUUUAGGUCCCUCAUGACCGUGAGCCGUGCUAUACGGCUCGGCGGCGCCCCACCUCUGGAGUGGUCCGUCGCUGUUGCUGGGACUUUGUGAUUCCCCUCCUCGCCUCCCCCAUCCCGUCCCAUCCUGUCCCUCCCCUCCCCCUCCCCCUUUCCUCCCCCCUCUUCCCCCGCUCCCACGCGUCGCUGUGCUGGACGUCAUGAGCAUAGUAAUCGCGCUGGGAGUCACCACACCCGAAACGUCUUACUCAGAUAUGGCUGCUGGAUCAGACCCUGAGUCAGUUGAAGCAAGCCCUGCAGUGAAUGAAAAAAACUACAACAACCACAGCUGCGGCAGUGCACAGGGUCAUGGGUAUUGUGGACUACCAUAUGCUGAUCACAACUAUGGCGCACCCCCUCCCCCCACCCCACCCGCCUCCCCGCUCUCCCAAACCAUCAUUCCCCGCAUGGACCUCAACGGCGUGGUACGCGGCUCCCGCUACCACGACGCCACCGUGGACAACUCUGCCGACAGCGACAGCUCCUCCGAGGAGGACGGGGCCGUGGCCAGCUGGUGUCACUGCAGCCUGACGCCGGACGGCCUGCUCAUCAAGUGUGACAGCUGCAGCGGUCUCGACAGGAGGAAAGGAGCAGAAGGCCAACACAGAAAACCUGAAAAUGUCUCCGCUGGAGAGAGCAGUGCUACCGAGAGUGGGGACGAAGAGGUGUCGCCCUCCACCAUCUCCUACACCGCCACCCAGCAUACGCCCACCAGCAUCAAACUCACCGUCAACCGGGUCAAAAGGAGCAAGUCCAAAAAAAGAAAGAAGAGCACAGAGAAGGCCCGUGGAACACAGAAGAGCAAGAAGGUCAAGGCUUUCAGAGAGGGUUCUAGGAAGUCCAUGAGGAUGAAGAACUCCACAACCGAGGCCAGCGUGCUGGACGAGAACACGGCAGAGGGAUGGGAGAGCAGGAUCCGCCAGUGGACGGACCAGUACGAGGAGGCUCUGGCCAACCAGUACAGCGCCGACGUCCAGACACUCCUCCAGCUCCACCGCGCCGCCAGCACCAACGUCUCCAAGACGGAGAGCCACGCGGCGACGCCCUCGUCCACCGCGCUGAUCCACGCCUCAGUCGACACCAUGGACACCAUCAACCGCACCGAGCUGGCCUGCAACAACACUGUGCUGGGCUCACAGAUGCAGCUCCAGUUGGGGCGGGUAACACGAGUGCAGAAACAUAGGAAGAUCCUGCGUGCAGCCAAGAACCUGGAACCAGACGCACUGGUCAUCGAGUAUCGGGGGAAGGUCAUGCUCAGACAGCAGUUUGAAGUAAACGGGCACUUCUUCAAAAAGCCUUACCCCUUUGUGCUGUUCUACUCUAAGUUUAAUGACGUAGAGAUGUGUGUCGAUGCAAGGACCUUUGGAAAUGACGCCCGCUUCCUCCGGAGGUCCUGUACACCCAACGCCGAGGUCCGGCACAUGAUCGCAGAGGGCAUGAUUCAUCUGUGUAUCUACGCCGUCGGUCAAAUCGCAAAGGAUGCUGAGGUCACCAUUGGAUUUGACUACGAGUUCAACAGCUGUAACUACAAAGUGGAGUGUGCCUGCCAUAAGGGCAACCAGAACUGCCCGGUGCAGAAGCACAAUCGCAGCCCCAGGGAGAGCUUGCUCAGCGCGCCCUCCCUGCCGCCGCUCUCUACUGUGGAAGGAGCCGAGACCCGGCGGAGAAAAGCCAGGAGAGCGCUGGAGAACUGCCUCGCUGGUGACCGGAACCAGCACCCCGAGGCCAAAGAAAUGCAGGGAGGCCCUGACGCAGAGGAGAGACUGCUGGAGGAGCUGAACGCGGAGGAGGGGGAGGACGGAGAGGUGGAUGAAAACGGAGUCGCCGUCUCCAGUAAAAAGACCUGUAACAGCCUGGAAAGGAGGCGCAAGAGCCGGGGAGGAGCAGAAGUCAAGGAGGAGGGCGUGGAAAGUGAGGACGGGGCAGGAAACCCCGCUGGAAACACUCCCACACCCCCCAAUGCCGGAGUGGGGGUCAGCACACGACGCACCAGUUAUGUGAUGGAAGUGCCGUCUGCUGAAGAAAAGCCCUCAUUACCCAACCCGCCCGCUCCCGCAGCCCCCCCGAAACCCGCACGACCCACCAAGCCUCGCCCCAAAAGCCGGAUCUCUCGCUACCGGUCGAGUUCGUCGCAGAGAGCCCGCCGGCAGCGGCAGGCCCUCGCGCAGCAGGCGGCGGCGGCAGCGGCGGCGGCUGCGAUGGCGGCGGCGGCGGCGUCUGCUGACCAGGCGGCCUGUCUGGACGAGGAGGCGUCUCAGGGCCCGUACGGUUCCGAACACGGCCACGGAGAGAGCGGCAUGGGGAGUCACCUCCUGGACGGAGAGGGCCAUGGUCUGAACUGCAUGAACAGGAGCAACUUGCGUUACCCGAAGACCAAGAAGUACCUGGUGACGGAGUGGUGGAACGACAAGGUUCCCGAGAGAGGAGAAGGUCCACCAGAGGCGCUCAAUGAGCGUCCGCUACGGAUAACCACUGACCCCACGGUGCUGGCCACGACCCUCAACAUGCUGCCGGGCCUCUCCCACUCGUCGCUCAUCUGCACGGCGCCCAGACACUACGUCCGCUUCGGCUCCCCGUUCAACCCCGAGAGACACCGGCCCCGCCCGCUCCAGAUGGAUGGCACGUACGGCUGCUACAAGAAGAGAUGGAUAAAGCAGGUGGAGGAUGAGAGCUGUUCAGCCAGUGUGGAGGACGGCACAGAGUCCACCUCCUCCCAGCAAAGUACCAGUAGCAGGUCCACCCCCAACCCCCAGUCGGGCGAUCUCAACGCCCCGUUUAAGAAGCGCCGCUCCAAGUACGCGUCAGAGACGACCUCGGCCCCCUCGGGCCACAUGCUGCGCCCGCUGUCGCCCAUUACCCCCCCGCUCCCGGACGACUCCCUCCACCCGCCGCUCCACAACCUCUGCGGCUCGCUGCUGCCCAACGGCGGGAUCUACUCGCCCCUGCUGUCGCUGCCCGCCAGCCGCUGCAACACGCCGCUGCAGUUUGAGAACAUCUCGUCCCCCGAGGCCUCGCCUGUUCACCGGUCAGAGUCCAUCUCUCCUGAGCCGUGUCUCCAGACAGACUUUGACAUCCCUUGCCCCCAGUUCCCCGACCUGUCCCUCCCCUCCAGCCUAGAGAGCCCGGUGGCGCUGACCUCAGAUGACUUUUCCCUCCCCGGAGGCCCUUCAGGCCACGACUCCCAGGGUCCAUCCUCUGUAGGGACCAGCUACCUGAACCCACCGUCGUGCCCCCCCUCAGACCCGGCCUCCCAAAACAGGGAGCAGCCCUUCAGGACAGAGUUCAACCUCAUAUACACCUGCUCGCCCCUCAACGCCAACCUGGGCCACCCCGUGGCCACCGACCGCCACCUCUCUCAGUCCGAAGGCGGUUUCUCCCCAGCGGAGUCCUUCCACAGCUCCAUAAGUGGCCACGGGCCUCUGGGAGACGCCGGCCCCGGCUCCACGUCGCCCUACGGCGAGCCCCACUACGGAGGAGGCUACCCGGAUAGUGGCACGCCUCCUCACACCAGCAACCCACCGCAGAAGAAGAAGGUGUCUUUACUGGAGUACCGCAAGAGGAAGCAGGGCGGCGGCCGCGACUCGGAGCCAGGCGGCGGCGGCACCCCCACCCGCACCGGCUCCCACCACAGCCAGGACCCCCACCAGCCCCGCUGCCAUCCGAUGCAGCCCACGGCCCCCCCGCACAGCUCCUUCUCCUCGGCGGCCCACGCCCCCUCCAUCCCUCAGAUAGAGGAGGUCAGUCCUCCGGACCACCAGGGCCCGUCGCCGCUGCCCAGACAGCAGGACAGCAACAACCAGUGGAUGGUCCCCACCACCGUCGAGCGCCUGAGGGAAGGUCAGGGGGCUCUGGAGCGAGUGCUGAGAAGCAUCAAGAUGGAGCGGGUUUACAGGAGGAGCGACGGCUCUGCGGAGAAGGAAUCGGAUGCAGAUCGGUAUGAGGUGCAGGCAGCGUCCACGGCUUCCCCCAUGAAGAGUCCGCAUGGAUACAGUCCCUCCGUGUACUCCCACCAGUCAUCGGAGAGCCAUCAGCAGACCGACAGCCCGUCGUUCCUCCAGCAGACCUCCAACUCUCCAUUCCGGGGUUCCUACAGUCCCUCAUCGGGCCAGAGCUUCUACCCACGCCACGUGUCCCAGGACCACCCCCCACCCUCCUACCCCGGUCGCGCCCCCGCCUCCUCCUCGGACUCCCGGCCGCCGGCGGGCUCGCUACACCAGCAGGGCGGCAGCAGUAGCGCGGACGGCGGCCACGGCCACUUAAAAGCCGGCCUUUUGAACAGCGGCCUGGCGGGGGCUCCCAGCCCGGGGGCCCGGCCCCACGCGCAGGCUAAGACGGACUCGGGCGCCCCCACCUCCAGAGGGAGUGUCGCCGGGCUGAAGUCGGGCAGCCCGAGCCAGGCGGCGCUGCAGGCCGGCUCCAGGUUGCUGCCGGCCAGCGGACCCACACAACACUACCCGCAGAGGGGGCCGAGCCUCGGCCCGUUCCAGCACCCCCCCCUCCAGGGACCCGGAGUUAGGACACAGUCAGGGAGCUUUUAGGACCUUGUGUGUGUGUGUGUGUGUGUGUGUGUGUUUGGGGGGGGGGGGGGUUGUAUGUAUGUAAGUGUGUGUAUGAAGCUGCGUACCUCCUCGACCCCUCAAGCUGCGGUGGAACGGGGGGCUCAGGGAGUUUGGCGGGGGGGGAUGUACAGACCUGAGAGGAGCAAGGACUUCACGGAUUUCUCCUUUUUCUUAUUUUCCGUUUUCGCUUUCUUUAUUUUCAGAAAAAAAUAAAACAAAGUAGCACAUCGUGCACAAAGCUAAUCAGUGACUUUGGACACACAGAAUCAGUGGAAUAAGUGAUUUGGAUACACAAAGCGCAGGAGACAUCACGUGUCCCUUGAAAUUGUCCCCAGUGUUUCCUCAUGUGCCGGACUGUGCAAACAGGCGCUUUAAUGUCGGAAAGUAAAAACUUCCACACUAAUGUCUGUACAAAGUUCUAAAGAAGCCGUACCUGUCGCCGUGGUACCCAGGUUGGAAAGAUGCAUCUGUAACUGAAAGCAAGAGUUGUUUUAUUUUUAUUCUUUUGUCAGUUAGGUUUUUUUUCUGAUUUGGCGGGUGGUCGAGUCUGUGCUGCAGUAAAUAAGUAUUUGAUGGAAAUGGGGGGAAUAGAGCGACCUGUUAAUCAUCCGUUCUAAAGAUGCAUUAGAGAGGCGGGGGGGGGCAGGGUCUCCCUGCAAACCAUCAUUCCAUAUGAUUGCCAGCUUCCCCAACAUAAAAACAGCCUCUCUGUCUGUCUCUGCGUGUUCUGCCUGAUUCACAUCAGGACUCCUCGGCUGUCGACCUCACAUCGUACUUGAGACAUACAGGUCUUAUGAUUCAUGGUGCUGCAUUCUUGUUUUUGUUUUUUGUUUUUUUUUUCAAUAAAUUUGAAAUCCAGUUAAGUUCCCCACA